AUGCAUAGGCGGCCUCUUUUUGAUGACAAUUCGUCGCAUGCAAUUCAUACUAUUUUGCCUUUGCGCGAAAUAAUGAAAAAUCAUGCUAACUUACCUGCUGGAGCAAGUUGCUUUGAAUGCGAGAAUCACAAAGAUGGGUUUUGCGAAUGGGCGGCAUGUCAAUGUUAUUUGGAAACACCAUCGACAUCUAUUAAUAGUGGUGGUGGUUCGUUGGAUUUCUCUGAUCGUAUAUGGCUUGGAUGUUCGAGGCAAAAAAUGCCUCAGGUGUUUAGCGCACUAAAUGCGCUUAAUGAGACAUUGAUUUCGAAGCUAUGGAUUUGGGAUUCCCUAAUAAAUAUUAUUCCAACUGAUAUGUUCGCGCAGGUUCGUCCAAGAAUUUUGUCAAUCGAACGUUCUGGAUUGAGCGUUUUCCGCAUUGGAGCUUUUGCUAACAUUGGUCGAAGAUUGCGAGUACUUCAGUUAAAGAAUAACAUUUUAAAAAAAAUUGACGCGGCUAUGUUUAAGGAUCUUGAUCGGCUAAAAAUUCUCGAUCUUAGUGGUAAUAAACUCUCCUUAAUUACUAAAGAUCAGUUAAGUUCAUUAAAAGAUUUGGAGACUUUAAUUAUUAGCGAUAAUCAAUUGUCUUAUAUCGAAAAUGGCACAUUCAGUGCUCUUAACAAUUUAAAAAUGUUAAACUUAGCAAAUAACAAACUAACAAAUAUUACAAGGGAUACAUUUGCAAAUCUUAUCAGUCUCGAACAUUUAAAUCUUCAGAACAACAAUAUUAUGGAUCUUGAUUGGAAUGCAUUUACUCAUAUGAGAAAUCUUAAAACUCUUAAUUUAGGUAAUAAUCAUAUAAGCAAAGUGGACAUUCGUGGUUUGAAGAGUUUAGAAAAAUUAUUUUUGAACAACAAUAGCAUUCAAUCAUUGAAGAAUGUGAGUCUACGCACUUUACCCAAUUUGAGCGUCCUAAAUUUGGACAGAAAUGCUAUUACUCAGAUCUUUGACGGAGAUUUACAUUCUUUAGGAGAGAGUGUCAGAUUACAAUCGCUUUCAAUGGCAGCUAAUCAAAUAAAAAAUAUUGAAGCUAGAGCUUUUAAACCAGUUCAUCGUUUAACCAAAUUAUCACUUCAGGAUAACCAAAUUUCGAUAUUAACAACAAAUGAAGGAGAGGCGAAAAUAUCAUUCUUGCAUCCUUUGAAAAAAGUGACCGAUUUAUUUUUAUCAAAUAAUCGUUUGUCACGAAUCAGUGAUGCAGAUCUUAGUUCUCUUCAUUCACUAAAAAUCCUCGCUGUCGAUCACAACGAGAUUGAAAAAAUUGAUGUUCGUGCAUUUGUUGAAUUGCCUUUAAAUCGUUUGUACCUCAAUCAUAAUCGCCUUCAAUUUAUUGAUAAAGGAGUACUUGAAAUGCUUCCUUCUGAUCUUGAUGUUAUUGAUAUAUCAGGAAAUCCUUGGCAGUGUAUUUGUGGUGAGGAAUGGAUAAAUGACUUUUUAAUACCAUUUGGUGACAAAGUCAUAACCGAUGGCAGUAUGGGUUGCAUUGAAACGAAGAUUUGUUUGGAUCGAAUUAACGAAGAAAGCGAACAUAGUAUUUGGAUAACUGUUAUAGCUAGCAUCCUUGCAGCUGCUUCUCUCUGUAUGCUUGCAGUCAUUGCUCUUAUGUGCUCAGAAUGGAAGUUCAAACUUUCCAAAACAUUAUCAUCAGAUCGCUUACGGCUAAUACCGGAUGGUGGCUCCUCAUCUUCACUUCCUCAUGAUAGCUGUAUUGAACCACUAAUCUCAAGUGGCUCCAUACAAAAACCAUUUUUGGUUAGCAGUUUCCGUUCAUCUGAUUUUGAUAGGUCGAGCAAUGGAUGGGAUACAGCUGCAAAUGGAAUCGAGAAAAAAAGGGUUCGAUUCAAUGGAAUUUAA